AUGUCUACUACUACCACCACUACCAACCCCUUGGCAAAGACCAUCGAUAAGCUCUUCACUGCCCCCGAACAGUCUGAGGGAGUUGGUGCCCGAGUCAGACGAGCUAUCGGUACCCACGAGCUACGAAACCUCAAUCCCUUCAUCAUGUUUGACCAUUUCAAAGUGCCCUCGACUGCCGGAUUUCCUGACCAUCCCCACCGGGGCCAGGAGACCAUCACUUACGUCAUUAAAGGGUCUGUUGAUCAUGAAGACUUCACUGGAAGCAAGGGUACUCUGAGUGCCGGUGAUCUUCAGUUUAUGACAGCUGGAAGAGGUAUUGUUCAUGCCGAGAUGCCCACUGCAGGACCCAACGGCGAGACACAGGUUGUAGAGGGUAUCCAGCUUUGGGUUGACCUUCCCCAACACCUCAAGGACUGUGAGCCUCGAUAUCGGGAUUUGAAGGCUGAGGAAAUUCCUGAGGCUCACUCUGAAAAUAAGGAUCUAACUGUCAAAGUCAUCUCUGGCCAGGCCAUGGGCGUCGACUCUGUCAAGGAUCUCGCAUACACUCCUGUCUGGUACCUGGAUUACUUCACCGAAGCCAACUACAACGGCAAGCAGGUGAGCCAGACUAUGCUUGCAGGCUUCAACUCUCUUCUUUAUGUAAUGAAGGGUUCUGCUAUCGUUGAUGGUAAAGUGGUCAACGCCCACAAUGUCGCCAUACUCUCUAUCAAGGGUGACACCAUUGAUUUCACUCCUGCCCCUGACUCUCGAAUCAUCAUCAUUGGUGCCCAGAUUCUCGACCAGAAGAUUGUCCAACAUGGUCCCUUUGUCGCAACUUCGGAAGAAGGCAUCAUGAACGCCUUUAUGGACUAUCAAUAUAGCAGCAACGGCUUCGAACGAGCAGCUGCUUGGGAGUCGGAGAUUGGCAAGAGGAUGAUGUAG